CAUUGCUUUGCAUAUAUUCGAAUCCUUGCACACUAUUGGGGUUCCCUGCUGCCCGACUGGACUUGACACCCUACCUCAAUCAAUCUAAUACGUCAACCUGAAGCAACAAGUCCCACAUAUACCAGUGACGCCCGGCAACUAUCACGAAUACACCAUCACAAACCCCCAAAACAGAGUUCCUACUACCCAAAAACAACCCUUUGACUUCAAACCACCCCUCAUCUAAGAGCAAAACUAACUAUGGCCCUCCCCCAGCCUCUUCCCAAAGUCCCCAGCACCGAUGAAAUCGUCCCAGCAAUGCAACGCAUCAUUUCCCAAUACAACACUGUCAGAAAAGUAAUCCUCCAGACCGUCACCCCCUCUACUGCAUCUUUCGACAAUGUCUUGUAUCCUUUAGCCCAAGUUGAAAACAGCGUGCAGGGCGAGCACGGAAUGAUCUAUAUGCUACAAUACGGGUCCCCGUCACUAGCCACACAGGAGGCAUUCAACCAGGCGCACAAAUUAUUCGUCGAGGCUCAGGCAUCGUGGACUAUGGACGAGAGGUUUUUCAAACUCCUCCGGGCAGCAAGGGAGAAUCCAGAUUUUGAGAGGUUGGAUGUUGAAUCGAGGCAUUUAUUGGAGAAGGAGCUGUUGAGUUACAGGCAUGCGGGACAUGGGUUGUUGAGUCCAUCUGAGCUGGAGGAAUAUUCAAAACAGAGGAUGGAGAUCGCGAAUCUAGAAAGGAGGUUUCAACAGAGUUUGGCGCGGGAGAAUGGGGGUGUUUGGUUUACUUUGGAUGAGCUGGAUGGGUUGCCGGCGGAGGAAUUGGCGAAGUGGAAGGAUGGGUCAGGAGAGAGAUCGAGGGAAAAUCAGACGAGUACAGGGUUGAAGUUCGUGCCUUUUGCGAAUGGGGGGACAUUUGCUGUUUUGACUUAUGCGAAGCGCUCGGAGACACGCAAGAGGAUGUUCUUGGAGGAUAAUAUGAAGCUGGGAGAGAAUAAGCCGGUUCUCGAGGCGAUUAUCAAACGUCGCGCUGCACAGGCUCAUUUGUUGAAAUAUCCGCAUCAUGCUGCUUUUAGGUUAGAAAGGCGGAUGAUGAAGACCAUGCAGUGGCUAGAGGACUUCCUUGGUCAGCUUCGACAAACUCUUUGUCUCUGUGGGAGAGAGGAGAUCAAGGUGCUACAGCAUCGACGGCUGAAGGAUCUACAGGAGAGUGGACAGUACGCCGAACGACGAGCAGCGGAGAAGUUUCCGCCGUGGGAUAAGAGGUACUAUGAAAGGCUGGUGGAGCAGGAGUUUGAUAUUGACCAAACCACAAUUUCCGAAUUCUUUCCACUGGAGCGAACUGCGACUGGGAUGCUGGACAUAUUUUCCUCUCUUCUUGAACUCCGAUUCGAACCCGUCCCAACCGAGAACCUGAAUGAAGAUGUCAUUUGGCAUGACACCGUACGGGUGUUCUCUGUGUGGGAUACGAAAUGUGGUGGAUUCAUCGGAUAUCUGUAUUUUGAUCUCUUAUGGAGGGAAAAUAAGUAUCGUGGGAAUCAGAGCGUCAAUAUUCAAUGUGGCUAUCUAAAACCUGAUGGGAACAGGCAACAUCCAUCAACCAUUUUAAUGUGUUCAUUCCCAGCAUCAACACCUACAACCUGUGCCUUGCUCAAGCAUCACCAGGUGGUGACUUUGUUUCAUGAAAUGGGUCACGGGAUCCAUGAUCUGUUGGCGAAGACCAGAUAUGUUCACUUCCACGGAUACAGGUUACCACCCGACUUUGGCGAGAUGCCCAGCGUCAUGCUCGAGAACUGGUGUUGGAUGCCGGACGUCCUUAAACGGCUCAGCUGCCAUUACACUACGCUUAACGACAACUACCUAGUGGAAUGGCGAAAGCAACACCCUGGUGGAUCCGAUCCGCCCAAGGAAAUCCCCGAGGAUUUGGUGAACCGCCUGGUGAAGCAUCGCUACUUCAACCGGGGGCUUUAUCAUUUAUAUCAACUUUCGAUCUCAAUCUUCGAUCUACAGAUUCAUAGCCUCAAGGCGCAAACGGAAAUCGCCGAGCUCAACGUCCAGAAGCUCUGGUAUGACCUCCGAGAGGAGAUAGAGGGAAUGGACUUUUCCGAGUGCAGAGACGGGUUUGCAUUUGGAACGUUUACCCAUCUGACAGCGGGUUAUGAUGUUUGUUACUACGCUUAUCUGUGCUGCACGGCAAUGGCCCAGGAUCUAUUCUUUUCCGUGUUUGCCGAAGCCCCGUACAAUAAGGACUCUUGGGAUAGAUAUCGUCGCCACAUCCUGGAGCAAGGUGGAAGUCAACAGGAUUUACUGAAAAUGUUGGAGGAUUUCCUGGGUCGCCCACCAAAUAUGAAUGCGCUCGUGGAAGGGCUGGCACGGGGAGCGAACUAGCUGUAUAGCUCUCCAGUUAACGGGUUUUGCUACAGGUUAGGAAAACCAGGGGGGUGCACCUUUACUGUCCCGUGAUCUGGAUGAAUUCACUGGAAGCAAAGAAAGGGGGAUAUGAUCAGCUUGGCCAGCUCAGCAACCGGUCAAGGCUGACAGCAGGAAAGGAGCCUACGAAGUGGAGGCGACAAGAGGGGGGAGGCGCAGCCGUUAUUUCCGAUGGGAAAAGAGAAAGGGGGGGAGGAGGUUUUAUGGUAGCAGCCAUACGGACAAGUGAAACGAUGGCAGCAACCGGAGGGGUGCAGAAUAAGGGAGGGCAUCUAGGAGGAAAGAAGAAGUUGGGAGAGAGGAUGGUUCGAACAGCGAGGGGACGGUUCUUAUAUACUACCAGAGGUCACGAUGAGGGGCGGACAGCCGGCGUAUCGGGAGGCCAAAACUAACCACAGCAGGGAACUCACAGGUCCUCGCUUUACAAUAGCGACAGGGUGGUCAAUGUCUUCCCAAUCAACAAGCUACCAAGGUCAAGCAUUUCAUGAAAUUCAUUUUCGGAAAAAUCGAUCGACGGAAUGACAAGCAGAAAAGGCUCAGAGAUUUGCACUGCGAUAUGACGAUAUUUUGAGUACUACGUUACAAGGUCAAGGAGAUUUAUCAUAUGCCUUCAACACAAUUUGACUUCCUCGUUAAAAGCAUCCCCGAAUUUGUACAUCGUUGAACAACUGACCUUCCUUCCACUGGCAAUUACACAGGCAUCAGCAU